AUGACACUCAUCCAAUAUAUGUACGACCCACAUGUCGAUGACUGUAUCGAAGCCAAGAAAGGCAGAGAAGCCUACCCUCGAUCGAAUGAUCAAAAUGAGCUUCUGCUCUUGACCAGCAACUUUUAUCAGUCCCUUGCUCCACUUGUCAAAGACAGGUUCAAUCAGACUGAUUUGAGCUACGCAAAUGCCUAUCCUAUCUGGGAAUAUGUCAACUCGGAGUUGAUUUACAAUCCUAACAUCAACUUCGCCGCUUUCAAUCUUUCAUCUCCGGAGGUUAUGGAGAUGUUGUCCAGAAUGGCAUAUAUCUACAGAACUUCCCUUAUGUAUAGCAAAUAUGACACUGCACGCUCAGUUGAAGGAUACAUACUGGCAAGCCGGGUCCGGGAAAAGCUCGAGCACAUGCUCAAACCGAAAUAUACGCCUAGGUUACAAAUUGAAUUCGGCCCCCCCGAGACUUUCUUGUCCUAUUUUGGUAUCAAUAAACUCAGCAAUGUUUUCCACCUAUCAAUACCAAAAUCUGCUUCCUCUAUGGUGUGUGAGCUUGUCACUACUGCUCCUGGGACCGAUAUUCCUUCAAAGAAAGAGAUAAACAUGCGCUUUUUAUACCAUGACGCUCCGAGCAUGACAAACCCAACCCAGCUGCAGGCUUAUCCACUUUUUCAAAAACCUUUAAUUGAAAUUCCAUGGGAUGAAUUCAAAAAAGAAUCUACGCUAUCCAAUCAAGGAUGUGACGACAUGGUGUCACAAUUGUGGGAACACGAAUGGGAAGUGCGAUGA